AUGUCUCACAUGGCAUCAAAUGCCCUCCGACAGGCGUCGCGAAGCUGCGCCAGCCGCCGCCUGUCCUCCAGCUUCCUGAGAGUCAGCUCGCCACUUGCUGGUCGGAUGGUAACGGGUCGACGAUAUGUCUCAGAGUCCAAAGUCGGCAACGCGCAGGUCAGCGUUGACACGGCUAUCAAAGCUGAGCAGAGGAAAUUCAUGGAGAGCACAGGCAUCCAACCCCAGAAUGCAGAAUUGUCCGCGUCGUCGGUGAGUGGUGAUGCUGCUAUGAGCCCGACCGCGGGCAUCCUCAAACAAGCCACCAUUAUGGAUGAAGGCAACCGMCCUAUUUAUCUUGACAUGMAAGCCACUACACCCACAGAUCCCCGCGUUCUCGACGCCAUGCUUCCCUUCCUCACCGGCCUAUACGGUAACCCUCACUCCCGAACACACGCCUAUGGCUGGGAGACAGAGCAGGCUGUCGAAGAUGCUCGCGCUCACGUUGCCAGUCUUAUCGGAGCUGAUCCCAAAGAGAUUAUAUUCACAAGUGGAGCGACCGAAAGUAAUAACAUGAGCCUCAAGGGUGUGGCCCGAUUCUUCGGUCGAUCGGGAAAGAAGAAGCAUAUCAUCACAACUCAAACCGAGCACAAGUGUGUGUUGGAUAGCUGUCGUCACUUGCAGGAUGAAGGAUUCGAGGUGACCUAUUUGCCGGUGCAAAACAAUGGUCUGAUCAAGAUGGAGGACCUCAAAGCCGCCCUCCGUCCAGAAACUGCUAUUGUGUCGAUCAUGACUGUCAAUAAUGAAAUUGGUGUUAUCCAGCCAGUGGAAGAAAUUGGAAAGCUGUGUCGCGCCAAUAAGACCUUUUUCCACACUGAUGCUGCCCAGGCAGUAGGAAAGAUUCCCAUUGAUGUGAACAAAUGGAAUGUCGAUCUUAUGUCCAUUUCAGGCCACAAGAUCUACGGCCCCAAAGGUAUUGGAGCGUGCUAUGUCCGACGUCGUCCCCGUGUUCGUCUCGAUCCCCUUAUCACAGGUGGUGGUCAGGAGCGAGGUCUCCGAAGCGGUACUUUGGCGCCUCACCUUGUGGUCGGAUUAGGUGAAGCUUGCCGUAUUGCCAAAGCAGACAUGGACUAUGACACUGCACAUGUUAAGAGAUUGUCCAAGCGCUUGCUGGACGGCCUCUUGGCUAUGGAACACACCAGCCAGAACGGCGACCCGGAACGACACUACCCUGGUUGCGUCAACGUAUCUUUUGCAUACAUCGAGGGUGAAUCCCUUUUGAUGGCGCUUAAGGAUAUCGCUCUCUCCUCCGGCAGUGCUUGCACAUCAGCCUCGCUCGAGCCCAGUUACGUGUUACGUGCCUUGGGUAACAGCGAUGAGAACGCCCACAGCAGUAUUCGAUUCGGUAUUGGCCGUUUCACCACCGAGGCUGAGAUCGACUACGUGUUGAAAGCCGUCACAGACCGUGUAUCAUUCCUCCGAGAGUUGAGUCCUCUGUGGGAAUUGGUGCAAGAAGGCAUUGCCUUGGACACGAUCGAGUGGAGCCAGCAUUAG